AUGGAAAGCACAGUGUUCAUUGAGCAUCUGAAAAACUCUCAUCAGAGUGCUUUAGGAGAAAUUGAUAAUAGUGAACUCAAAAUUAAUUUUUUGAGACUUAUUUAUAGCCAAGGAUUAACCAAUUUCAAUCCCAAAAAUCCCAUUAACAAAACCAGGCUUGCUGAAAAGUCAACAGAGAAGAUAAAUUCUUUAUUGCCAAAAUGCUUUUAUAGCUAUAAAUUGAAUCUUUUUGAGUCAAUAUUAAACAAUUUUAAAAAUACUAGCCUUGCUCUCAAUGUCCCGGCUACACUUAUAAAAGUUAAAGACUGCCCAAGUCCAUAUUUAAUAAAAACAAAUUCUUCGGGAAAGAUUCAUAUAAAAGAAAGCUGUGAACAAGAAUUUUUUCGGCAUAAAUUUGCUGCAGAAAAUCUCUUUUGCUAUAAAAAUUCAAUCAAAGGUACAAUAUCUUUGCAUGGCUCAGAAGACUCAAAAUCAUUUAAUACUGAUUACGAUAUAAUUCAAGAAUUUAUUCACUGCAAAAGUAAUCAAAUUUCAAUUACUAGAGCUCUUUGAAUCCAAGGGAAGGCCAUUAAAUAUUAUAAUAUCAUCAAAAGAAAUAAAACUCAUAAUUAUCAGAAACUCAGUCCGAAAAUCAAUUCAAAAAAUAUCAAAUACCAGCGAAGAAAUUCAUCAUUUAAUGAAUUAUCUACGUUUAAGUAUACAGAUUUAUUACAAAAGUCAUCACAAUCUAUCAAUAAUCCUUUUAAAAUCAGCGAAAAAAGAAAAUCUCUUAUUUUUGACUCAGCCCUAAAAGACAGCAAAAUAAGUUUCAAUAAAGCUAAGCUCGUAAAUAAAAGCUAUUCAUUAGGUGCUUUAAAAGAUGAGCCAGAAAAUUACGAAAAAUUAAUUUUAAAUACAGAAAAAUCUGAUGAUUGUUUUUCUUUUGAAUCCAAAAUAAAAAUCCCAGAAAUUGAAGAAAUGGUUAUACGGUUUGUUAAUUUUUUAAAUCAUUGUGUGUUUACUAAAAAAGAAGUUUCAGGAAUUGUGCUUGACUUUAUACAAGGAAAAGAAAGUAAAUGAUAUCUUCUGGACUGUAAAGAGUGCUCAACUGUAAAGAAAAAUAAUAUUAUUUUGGAUAAAAACCCUAAAUGUUCUCAUUUAAGGGUUAAAAGCUCUCCUGAUCUAAAUCUUAGCUUAAUGGAUGAUAGAGCUCCUACUAACUGCAAUUAUCGCCAAAUUGGUGAUAAUUACCCAAUAAAAGGUUUAGAGAUAAGAAAAUUUAAGGAGCCUACUAAAAUAGUUAAAGCUUCUACAACAACUGAAGCACCAAAGUCUUCAGAAAAAGAAUUAUUUAAAAGACUUACACUCUUAUCUAACAAAAUUGAUAAAAUAACUGAAAAAAAUCACCUGCCUUCAUUAUCAAAUAAUGAUGUCAAAGAGCAAAGCAUUCAUGCUUAUAAUGAUUUUAUUCUACACAAGAAUUGAAUCAUAGACACAAAAUGUCACAAAAAUGACACAAAUUCUUGUCUAGUAAAAGAAGAGAAGCCAAAGAAAAAUUGUCCUUUCUUGCAGAGUCAUGAUAAUCAAGACUUAUUAAAACACAAAAAUAAGCCAUUAUGAAAUGAUGAGAGCCAUGCUUAUGCCAAAAAAUGCUAUUCAGAUAUCGCAGAAAUUUAUGAUGAGAUGAAAAUAAACUCAAAAAAUAUUUCUCUUACUCCCCUCUCCGUAAGCGAAUAAAAAAAUCUUGUUCGUUCGAUUUAAUUUUUUUAAAAAAAAAUGAUAUAUAAAUUUUAUAAAUUUUUUUUUUUUCGAAAUUAAAAAAAUUCUAUUCUCAAAAAAUUUGGAAGAAAAUAUUAAUUUAAUUUAUGAAAAUUAUGUUUUAAAAUUAAACAAAAUUAGCUCGAGAUUUCAUUAUAAUAAUUAUUUAUAUAUCAAAUUUUUUUUUUCUUUCUAUUAAAAACAUUUUUUGUUCGCUCACAGAGGGUGGGUUUUGUUUACUCACAGGCGGGGGAGUUAGCAAAAACUUUAUAUCAAAAUAUGGUGGGGAUAAUUUUUGGGAUAAAUUUGUUAUUUCACUCUAUAGGAAAUUUAUUUCAGACAAGAAAUUAAAUGAGUAUUUCAAAAAUUCCUGCCAAAAAAUGAUUUAUACAGGAUUUCAUCAAAUUUUUAGUGGAAAUUCAAAUAUUGAAUUUAGGAGAUCUUAACUUAACUUAGUAUCUUGUAUUUAAGGCGUCUAGUACUGCACCCUAAUAAAUAGGGCUAUAGCAAACUAGUGACGUCACGGAGCCAUCUUGGAAUCGCGAUGGUCAGCCCACCGGCCAAGUCUUCUAUCGACGCUUCGCCUCCAGUCGCCGCACAUCUAACCCGGUGCGUUGUAGAUGCCUUGCCUUGUACUCAGCUCCUGCGCGUGUUCCGCCUAAGGGUCAUCCUCCCGUGGGGAUGUGCUGAGGGGUAAAAUUCUGAAAUCUUUAAGGCACUGACGAGCUGUUCCUUUGGACCCUAAAGUUAAACAGCCAUUGCUGUGCAAAAGUUCCCGAGAUAAAACCCAACCCCAUAAAUAAAAUUGCUUGAGGGAGAGAAAAUUAGAAAGCUAAUUUCUCUCAGACCGAAUGCCAUUUUAUUUAUGAAUUUAGGAGAUCAAUAAGAAAUGCCCAUCAGAGCAUUGGGGUAGCUGAGGAGGAUUUUUAUCUUUUUCUAGAUAAAUUUGAAGAAACAUUUAGUGAAUUCAGUAUUGAAGAAGAUGACAAAGCGUGCAUUAUGUCACAAAUUAGAUCUAUGAUGUGUUUGGUAUGCAAAUUGCAUUAG